AUGAAGACACUCAUCAUUGAUAACGGCGCGUACUCCUUAAAAGCCGGGUUCGCAGCUCCUGAUAGCGAACUUAAUCCAAGCCUAAUACCAAAUUGCAUUGCGCGGGAUAGAGAGAAGAACUUGUACGUAGGCUCACAACUAUCAAACUGUCGCGACUAUUCCGAACUAGUUUAUCGACGCCCAGUGGAGAGAGGCUAUCAAGUUGACUGGGAAGCAGCGAAAGAGAUUUGGGAGAAUGAAUUUUUCCAUCCCAAGGCAAAGCUUUAUUGCAACCCCAAUGAUAUUGGGUUGAUUCUCACUGAAGCCCCCAAUACAUUACCUGUGCUUCAGACCAAUUGCGACCAGAUGGUAUUCGAGGAAUUUGGGUUCAUCAGAUAUCUGAGAUGUCUUGGUCCACAACUGAAUGCCUACAACGAUAUACAGAAACUAUUUGAAGAACCCCCUCACAAGCCAGUCGAUUGUACAAACACACCUGCCGAGAUAUUAAUGUUAAUUGAUUCUGGUUAUUCGCAUACUACAAUUACUCCUCUGCUUAAUGGUCGACCUCUACAAGCUUCAAUUCGGCGCUUAGAUGUCGGUGGAAAACUCCUAACAAACCACUUAUCACGCUUACUCUCUAUCCGUAAUUAUGACAUGACUGGUGAGACCUAUGUCGUAAACGCAAUCAAAGAAGCAACAUGCUAUGUUGCUAAAGACUUUCAAACCGAUAUGGAGAAGACAUGGAAAGGCCCAAAGGGUGAUCGACGAGCUGUGUACGAGUUGGGUGAUGGAAUAGCGAUGGAUUAUAUCCUUCCCGACUACCACACACGAAUAGAAGGCUUUGCAAGGUCUCAUGAUCCGACCACUGCUACCAAGCUAAAGGAAAUGAUUACGGGAAGAUCAAGAGGAGCCACCGAAGACAUAAUCACUCUUCGUAAUGAGCGAUUCAUAGUUCCCGAGAUUCUUUUCAAUCCAACCGAUAUCGGCAUACAGCAAUCAGGAAUUGCUCAGCAAGUUAUGGAUAGCCUAUCAUCGCUACCUAUGGCCCUCUGGCCAGGGUUUCUAGCCAAUAUCAUAUGCGUUGGGGGGAGUUCAAAUAUGGUAGGAUUUAUCGAUAGAUUGCAAGCGGAAAUCCGAGCACUCGCUCCAAUUGAAUGCAAAGUGAGGGUAACGCGACCUCCCAAUCCAAUUAUCAGCACAUGGCUGGGUGGCAUAAAUUUGGCAAAGCAGGAAACUAAAAUCCGAGAGUUGAGUGUUACAAAAGAAGAAUACGAUGAGUAUGGGGCUGGAUGGGCAGCACGGAAGUUCGCUGUUACAUGA